UACAAGAGAAAAUGUCUUUCUCAGAACUUCUCCAAUUUCUCCACCCUUCAACACCCAACCACAUAUUAAAUUCAGCCUUACAACUAUUACUUGAAUUGGAAGAAAAUUAUUUUGAAAAUUUAUCCAACAACGAAAUCCUCUUAUUUUUCCAAAAAAUUGCCCAAAUCUUCUCUUCCCCAACACUUUCUUCUUCAAAUUUAAUUUUAUUAUUGUCAAUUUUAAUUAAUUUAACGGCCAUUAAAUCCUCUAAAUUUUCCUCUCUUUUAAUUAAUUCUAAACAAAUUUGUUUAAAAUUAUCCAAAUUUUUGGAGGAGGAAGAGGGGGAAUACUCUACUUUAACUGUACAAGUAUUUGUUAAUAUUUCUAGACAAUUUCCUGAAGAAUUUGUGAACAAAUUGAAUUGUUAUGAUGUUGGAUUUGGCUCUAAAUUGAUUGAUCACUUUCUAACUCAAAAUACUUCCAAAAACAGCGAAUUAUCAACUUAUUUAGGAUUUUUGGUAGUUAACCUUUCAACAGUCAAAUCUUUUGCUGUUUUAAUUGCAACAAAUAAAUUGGAUUCUUUUUCUUCUUUAUUGUCUUAUGGAGAGACCUAUCAAGUUAAAUCUUCAACUCUUCAAGUAGUUUACAAUUUGUCACUUCAAGAUGGUUUAUUUUUUAAUUUUUUUAAAUUUAGUUUAUAUUUCUCUUUUUCGUCCUCAAUUUUUUCGGAUAUUAGGAGAGGAUCUACGUCCUAG